AUGAAUAUUUACCAGUUUGAUCGGUCCAGGACAAACUUCAAGGUUGAAGAGUUAGCGGCAGUUCUGGGAUCCAGACAACAGAAUUAUCAGGUACUGCUUGAUGAGGGCAAGUGUGACUGUGGGUAUUUUCAGGCUCUUCAUAUUCCUUGUCUUCACGUGCUUGCAGCUUGCUCUCAUGCAAGGCUUGAUUGGAAGCGGUUUGUGCAUCCUAUGUAUCGCAUGGAGUCGGUCUUCAAUGUUUACAGAUUAGAGUUUCAACCCAUAGGACACGUGGAUGAUUGGCCAUCGUAUGACGAUCCCCAAAUCCGUCCCAACCCUCGGAUGAUGAGAGCGAAGAGAGGUUGGCCCGUGAGCUCCAUGAUUCGUAACAACAUGGAUGACGUUGAGCAUAAUGGGGAGAAGCAGUGCGGAUUGUGUCGCCAAAUCGGGCACACGCGGAGGACUUGCACGUCUCUUGGUGAUGGAGGAGCAUCUUCUAGUCGACGGUAG